AUGGAAAAUUUUCUUGAUAAUGAUAUUUUAAAUUUGACUGCUGUGGGCAUGUCACGUUCAAAUUCUCAACCGGAUUUAACAACAUUACAAUCGCUUAUUAAUCGACGAACACUAUCAGAAUGUUCAGAUGAUUUAUAUUUGGGAGAUAUGAGAAAUGGUACAACAAAUAGUAAUACGAUUGACGAUAUGUUUCUAGGUAUCGAAGCUGAUUUUAUCAAUUCAAAUAUUUCUGACUUUCUUGACUACGAUCUAUCCGAUUGUCUGGAUCCAUACGUGACAAAUAGUGAUACAAAAUCGUUGAUUAAUUAUUCAUCUUUUUUUGAUUUUCCUACGCAAACAUUUCAGAAUAGUAUACCAUUACAGUUACAGCAACUAAAUCAGCCAGUUUUACUUGAGACAACUUUAUCAACAGUACAACAACAGCAAAUGACGGGAGAUGCUACAUCUAAUACGUCUCGUCCUAGUCGAAGUGCUCCACCAAGUCCAAAACAAGUGAGAAAAAAACAGCGUUCAUCAACAACGAAAACAUGGGCAAAAAUGUCGCUUGAUGAACAGUCGCGUAUCAUCACCGAGUUAACAACGAUUAUUAAUGAACAAUUAGGACGCCGUGAACAAUUGGAGAUUAUUCGUAUAUUGCAGCCGGACGGUGUUCAAAUUCAGAAGAAUCAAACUGAAUUUAUUCUCGAUUUUCAGUCAAUGAAUGAUGAAAAAUAUCGACGUAUACGAAACAUUAUCAAGUUUAAUGUUGAGACAUUUAAUGAUUAUUCUUGUAAUACAAGGCAAGAUACGUUAUCUGAAACGAAUAGUCUAUCAAAUAAAUCAUCAUCAGCAAAUUCAGGUGGUACAAAUAGCCAACAAGAUCCAAUGAAACGAAUUGAGAAAAUUCUACGUUUACGUCAACGUAAAGAACAGCGACAAGCACUUAAAGAACAGAAAUCGGGAUUGUUCCUAAAACAUGAAGUGAUGGAAUUGACAAGGUGUGAUGAAGAUAUCGAAGUUGAUAUUUUGUCUUGAUAAAAUAUUUUUCUCUUCUGUGUGUCUAUGAUAUUUUCUUGGUUUUUUGUUAGUUGUUAAAUAUUACUUUUUUCUUUUAUUUUCUCUUUUUUUUUUUUGUCAAUUUUUUAUUAUUCAGCAGUACAUGCAUGGUUUUUCCUUGUGUCUAGGAAUUGCAAAAUUAAAAUAUAUCAAAUGAAACUGUUGCAGACUUAUCGGAAGAUGGAAAACUAUUUUCAACUUUCGGAAAUAAUAAUAAUUUUUUUUCAUUCUUUUCUAUCAAUUGUAAACAUUGUUACAACUAUUCCGUCUAAUUAAUGAAAAUGUUUUCUGCAAAAGAAAUUUGUAUACUGUUUGUUGUACACUAGAGGUGGAUGGGAAUAUCUAAUGCAUUCCCGUAGAAGGAAAACGUUUUUUUGUUGACAGGGACGUUUUUAAACCUGACAGAACCGUGAUUGUUUUCUUAUAGAAUCGUCAAAAGUCCAGUGCAGACAGAGGUGGACAAGACCAAGUCCAGACUUGUAGGUUUUUUGAUGGACUUGAAGUAUUAGCGUUGAUUUGUUUCGACAACUAGUGCUUAGGCCUGCAAAAGUUCAGCGUUCCGUUCCUGUAGCGUUCUCUUUGAACGUAACGCUAAAGUACGUUGGCGUUCCUUGAACAUGAACGCUGAACAUGACAUUUUUUGAACCUGAAUGCAAAUGUUCUGGUGAACGUUAACGUUAUUUUAUAUGAACGGUGUUGAUCUUAUGUGGAAUGAAUAGUAUUGUAAAACAUUAUAUAGCAAUUUCAUCUGGUAGUAUACUGAGUGCAACAACUUUCUCCAUUACUAGUUAUAUUUAGUGAAAAAUCAACGCUCGUUUGUCCCAAACGGGUUAGGAUAACAAAGGAAAACGUACGUAGUUACUGUAAUGGUUUGGACCAAGGAACUUCGGUUCUAGUGCGGGAAAAACUAGUCUUCUGGUCAGAAAAUCCGCGAUCUGUUCUUGGAAGAAUCAAUGUCUUGAUCAGAGAAUCAAGGGGUAUACUUUUUACAUUGCAAUAAUCGGGUCACUGUUCUGAGCAGAACAUCUGAUCUUUCACUAGAGUUUCUAUUGAUCAGAUAAGCCAAGCAGAAAUAUAUAUGUUCUUACUACACUACAAGAACAGAAGUUUAUAUUUACUUCAGGCGAUAUGAACGUCGCUCGUAUAAAAAAAGCUCACAUUCACCAGUGCUUUAAUGUUCACGUUCAGGGAACGAAACGUGAACUUUUGCAGACCUACUAGUGCUCAAGACUAACAGCGAAAGAGGAAUAAAAUGUUCUACGAAAUACUUCACCU